CUCUCUAAAGAGACUCGUAAAUCAAACCACACACACAUAUAUCCAUCAUCUUAACUGAAUCCUACGAACUCUCUAUCAUCUCUAUACCUAAAACUUAGUUCCAACCCAACAUUCACCAUUUACAAUGGCCAAGUUCGAUAACAAAACCACAAGCGAGGAUGUCUUCGAGGUCUUCGGAUCGCAAAUCAAAGGUCGCACCUUUGUCCUUACCGGUGCAGGCAUGCCCAGCAUUGGCUGCCAAACAGCUCUCACCUUAGCCAAAGGCUCGCCCGCGCAUAUUAUACUUGUCUCUCGAACUCUGGAGAAGGCAGAGCCAGUGUUGCAGAAGAUUGCCGAAAUCGACAGCUCCAUCAAGACUUCGUUCGUGCCCAUAGAGCUAUCCGACCAGGACUCCGUACGCCAAGGAGCUAAGGAGAUCCUGGCCCAGGCCCCUAAAAUCGAUGUUCUUAUCAACAGCGCCGGUGUGAUGGCUAUCAAGGAGUACACCGUCGACAAGAAGGGCAUCGAGAUGCAACUAUCGACCAACCACGUAGGCCAUUUCUUACUCACUAACCUACUCGUCCCUGGCUUGCUAGCUGCCGCAUCCUCUUCUGGCGGAGCCCGCGUCGUCAACUUGACCAGCGCUGGCUAUCUCGCCUCACCCUUCCGCUUCGACGACUACAAUUUCUCCGGCGGCAAAACCUACAACAUGUGGCUCGGCUACGCCCAGUCUAAGACGGCCAACAUUCUCUUCUCCUACGGCCUGACGAAGCGCCUGGCAAGCCGCGGCGUCACGUCGACCGCUGUACACCCUGGCAUGAACCUCGACACGGUCCUCGGAUCUCACCUCAAUGUGGAAGAUUACGCCGAGAUCCCCGCCGUCGCAAAGGCUACUACGGGCAUUGACUGGAAGACCGAAGAGGUCAAGAACCUUUCGCAGAUUGCCGCUACUUCGCUCAUUGCGGCGCUCGACCCGGAGCUUCCCGCUAAGUCGCCCGCUUAUUUACAGGAUGGUGUCGUCUCUCCCGCCUUGACCCAUGCAACUGAUCCUGAUAGUGUUGAGAAGCUGUGGAAGCUUAGCGAGGAGCUUGUUGGACAGGCCUUUGAGUACUAGAUGUAGUUACGACAAGUAGGCUAUAGAGAGGUACCUUAGUCAGAUACUAGGUAUGUAAGAUGUUGAAAUAUUCAGGUGGCUGGGUGCAGUGGCUGAUAGUAUCCGCCCUACACCUGUGGCAUAUAUGUAUAAUCUACAUACAAGCACUUCCUAUUGAAUCCGCCGUAUCUCAUAUCUUGCCAUAUACCUAUUGAAGACUCUAAAAUCAUUGUUAAGUACUUGUAUCCAUAUCUACCUCCCAACAGAAUCAAAGUGUGUACUAGAAAGCUUCAACAUCAGAGAUCUUCAGUCUUACAGUUAGCCACAAAUAGGGGGUUCACCACGAUCUGAGUGAAAGUUAAAAAAUAUCAAUGCCCACAUCCUUUAAUGCUACGUGACAGAGAGAUCCGAUCCCCAUACCUUGCUCCAAUCUCGGACGUGUCAGCACUUUAACUUCUAUCAAUGCUACCAUCAACCGAGCAACCUCGGUUCAAUAACACACUCUAAUCUUUUGAGUGCACUCGGUUAGGUAGGUACCUACUUUCAAUGAUACUCGAUAACACCAAAGGUCAUGUCAUGCUUUCCAUGUGAUUGGGACAUGAAGAUAGUAUAACAUUGCAUCACCGAAAAGCUCAAAGGGCAGAAAGCUGUCUAU